AUGUUUGCAGAAACUGCAGCUUUCUGUCCUGAAAUCCUGUGUGUAUUUAUAUUUUAUUUGGGGCUUUUCUGUGAUUUUUUAGCCAAUUUGCUGCAAGGGCUGAAGUCCCCGGACUCGGCAGUGCAGGAAAAAGCCAUCGCUGAGACAGAGAAAAGGCUCCGAGAGCAAGGGGCCGGCAGGGAGGAGGAGGAGGAGGAGGAGGAGGAGUGCAGGACCACGGUGAACAGAACGCUCAUCAACCCUUCUGGCACGCCGAGGGUGCAGGCAGCAGAUGCAGAUGGCUUCCUGGCAGCUUUGGAGAAGGAUGCCAAGGAGCGAGCCCGGAGGAGGAGGAGGAAUGAGAAGCUGGCAAACGCCCUGAAGGAGCAGGGCAAUGAAGCCUUCAGGGCAGGAGACUUUGCCCUGGCCAUCCAGAGGUACUCGGAGGGGCUGGAGAAGCUGAGGGACAAGCAGGAGCUCUACACUAACAGGGCCCAGGCCUACCUGAAGCUCCAUGAGUAUGAGAAAGCCAUCAGUGACUGUGAGUGGGCAUUAAAGUGCAAUAAGAACUGCCUUAAAGCCUAUUUCCUCAUGGGGAAGGCUCACCUGGCCCUGCAGCAUUUCUCUGAGAGUGCAUGGAGCAGGCCAGGCUGGAGGAGCAGAGGCUGAGGGAGGAGCAGAGGGCCCAGAGGGAGCUCCAGGCCGGGAGUGUGGCUGCUCUGUCCGUCCAGGAGCUGCUGCAGAGGAUCAGCAGCCCUGGCCACCACCUGCCCUACUACACAGGGGCCAUCAGCCUGCUGGCAGCAGCUGUCAGCACCGGCUCUGGGCAGACGUUCUUCAGGACAAACAAUGGCUUCAGUAUCCUGAGCAGCGAGGCUGUCAGAGGGGCCUUCUGUGCAGAGAGCAAAAGCCCUGCUGAGGAGGAGCUCUGUGUUUCCCUCCUGCUCCUGUGGCAAGCUGCCUGUGCUGGCAAUGAGGAAAAUCAGCGUGUGCUGCUGGCGCAGCCCGAGGUGGGUGCCCAGCUGCCAGAGCUGCUGUCCCGUGGCACUGCCCAGAUCCAGAGGGAGGCCCUGGCACUGAUCUCCCUCUACUCCGAGCACGAGGGGGGCCGCAGGCUGCUGGGCAGGCAGGACCUGAGCAGAUGGCUGCAGAUUUUGAUGGCAUUUGUCAAGUGCACUGAUGCAAGGGCUGAGAGUGCCAUGAACAUCCUGUCUGACUUAAGUGGGGAGGAAAGGUUCCAAGCCCAGUGUCGGGCCACGUUCUCCACGGCUGUUUCACCUUUAUUCACCCAGCUGCUGGUGUGUGCCAGGCAGGUGUGUGCCAGGCAGGUGCCCUGGGCAGCCCUGGGCACAUGCACCAGCUGAGGAAGCUCAAUGGCCUGGCCAUCCUGAACUCCUCCAUGAAAUACGUGCAGAGCAGCUGAGCUCCUCAGAGCCCUGCCCAGUGCCCUCCAUUCACUGCCCCUGAGUUUUCUUUGCUGUAAUAAAAUUCAUUCAAAGCAUAUCA